AUGCAUAUAUCUAUUUACUUCCUCAUUGCUCUGUCCCUGUAUCUCCUCUUCAAGGUCGUCGUCAAUUUCCUCUUCGAUUAUCGUGCGGCACGUCGCGCGCAAUCCCUCGGCUGUCACCCGCCGCCCGUCUUUCCUGGCGAAGACAUCAUCGGCAUCUCCAACGCGCGACGUUUCCUCCAGGCCGACCGCGACAAGCGAUUCCUAGAUAUGCUUCGAGAACGCUUCCAUAGCACGAGCGCGAAAGAAGGCCGCUCGGUGACCACUGUCGGCUACAAGCUGAUGGGCUCGAAAUCCUUCAUCACCAUUGAACCACGAAACCUUCAGGCUUUACUGGCCACGCAAUUUAAGGAUUUUGCUCUGGGCGAUGUUCGGGCGAGGGAUCUCAAGCCGCUGUUGGGCAAUGGCAUUUUUGCCGCCGACGGCGUGCAAUGGGAGCAUUCUCGCUCCCUUCUGCGUCCCCAAUUCGUCCGAGGACAGAUCAGCGAUCUCGACCUCACCGAGCGUCACGUUCAAAAUUUCAUGCUCGCUAUUACAUUCCGUCGUGACGGAUGGAGCAGCUCCUUUGAUAUCAUGCCGCUCUUCCUCCGUCUGACAAUCGAUUCCGCGACCGAAUUCCUCUUCGGCGAAAGUGUGAACAGCCAACUGGCGGCUUUACCCGGCUACGAGAGGUUUGCGGCACGAUCGAGUGCGCUCAAUGAGAACCGGUUCACCUCGGCGUUUGACACUGCGCAGGUGUAUCUGGCCAAAAGCGGUCGGUUGGGCCCGCUGUAUUGGAUGGCUCACAACAAGGAGUUCCGUGAUUCGUGCCGAGCAUGCCAUGAUUUCGUCGAUCACUUUGUGAAACGGGCUCUCGAAGCCAAAUCCAGAGUCCAGUUCUCGAGGCCAUCCGAUCCUACGCAUGAAAAACGGCCCCAGAAAGAGAGAUACAUCUUCUCGCAUGCCCUGGCUCAACAAACCGAUGAUCCAAUUGAGAUGAGGGACCACCUCAUGAACAUCCUCCUGGCAGGCCGAGACACGACCGCUUCGAUGCUCACCUGGAUGUUUCUGCUAUUCGCUCAGUACAAUGGCAUCUAUGUGAGGCUCCGGCGUGUGAUCCUCGAACAUUUUGGGACCUACGAGCGCCCUCGAAAUCUCUCUUUUGCCGGACUCAAGGAUUGCUCCUAUCUCCAGUGGACGCUGAACGAGACGCUGCGAUUGUACCCUAGUGUGCCGUUUAAUUCGCGGCGCUGCAUCAAGGACACCACUUUACCACUCGGUGGUGGCUCAGACGGUCUAUCUCCAGUCUUCGUGCGCCGGGGCGAAGAAGUAAACUACUCGGUCCAUCUUAUGCACCGCCGGAAAGACAUCUGGGGCCCUGAUGCGGACGAUUUCCGUCCCGACCGGUGGCAGAACCGGAAACCUAUCCACGCAUUUGAGUACCUCCCCUUCAAUGCCGGUCCUCGAAUCUGUCUUGGCCAACAGUUCGCGCUGACCGAAGCCGGAUAUGUUGUCGUGCGCUUGGUGCAACGGUUCGAAGCCGUCCAAGCCCAGGAAGGCGUCGGCAUGCCCGCAAGAGGCGAGCCGGUCAGUCAUGCGUUGACACUGAUCAAUUUCCCGGCCCACGGCGUGACAGUGAGGGUGAGGGAAGCCACGGAAGGAAGGUUUUAG